AUGGAGAUUCCAAUCCAGGAAGUACAGCCAGGAGAACGCUUCUGUCAGCUCACAUUCCGUGUCAGCCUUCAGGUCGUGUGUUUGUACAACAGGGUUUGGAUCCCAGAUCCUGAAGAAGUUUGGAAGUCGGCUGAAAUUGCGAAGGACUACAGAGUGGGUGAUCGAGUCCUCCGACUCCUGCUAGAGGAUGGCACGGAGCUGGAGUACCCUGUUGACCCAGAGUCACUGCCUCCACUUCGGAAUCCAGACAUCCUGGUGGGUGAGAAUGAUCUCACAGCCCUCAGCUACCUCCACGAGCCUGCAGUGCUGCAUAACCUCAGAAUCCGCUUCGCAGAGUCUAAACUCAUCUACACCUACAGUGGAAUCAUUUUGGUGGCCAUGAAUCCUUACAAACAGCUGCCAAUAUAUGGGGAUGCCAUCAUCCACGCCUACAGCGGACAGAACAUGGGUGACAUGGACCCACACAUCUUUGCAGUGGCAGAGGAGGCCUACAAACAGAUGGCCAGGAACAACAGAAAUCAGUCCAUAAUCGUGAGUGGGGAAUCCGGAGCCGGGAAGACUGUCUCUGCACGCUAUGCCAUGAGGUACUUUGCCACUGUCAGCAAAUCCAGCAGCAAUGCCCAUGUGGAGGACAAAGUCCUGGCAUCCAAUCCCAUAACAGAGGCUGUUGGAAAUGCAAAAACCACCCGCAAUGACAACAGCAGUCGGUUUGGGAAAUAUACAGAAAUCAGCUUUGAUGAGAGGAACCAGAUCAUUGGUGCCAAUAUGAGAACCUACCUCCUGGAGAAGUCCAGAGUUGUCUUUCAGUCAGAAAACGAACGGAAUUACCACAUCUUCUACCAGCUUUGUGCAUCCGCACAGCAGCCAGAAUUUAAACACCUUAAACUGGGGAGUGCAGAAGAAUUCAACUACACGAGAAUGGGAGGUAACACUAUCAUUGAAGGUGUCAAUGAUAGAGCUGACAUGGUGGAGACCCAGAAGACCUUCACACUACUGGGAUUCAAGAAAGAUUUUCAGAUGGACGUUUUUAAGAUCCUAGCUGCCAUCCUGCAUCUGGGCAAUGUGCAGGUCACCACGGUGGGCAACGAGAGGUCUUCAGUCAGUGAGGAUGACAGUCACCUGAAGGUGUUCUGUGAGCUCUUGGGCCUGGAGACCAGUACAGUGGCUCAGUGGCUCUGCAACAGAAAAAUUGUGACCUCCUCGGAAACCGUGGUGAAGCCCAUGACCCGGCCUCAGGCCAUCAAUGCCAGGGACGCACUGGCCAAAAAGAUGUACGCUCGCCUGUUCCACUUCAUCGUAGAGCGGAUCAACCAGGCGUUGCACUUCUCAGGCAAGCGGCACACUUUUAUUGGUGUUUUGGACAUUUAUGGUUUUGAGACCUUUGACGUAAACAGCUUUGAACAGUUCUGCAUCAAUUACGCUAAUGAAAAGCUGCAGCAGCAGUUUAACCUGCACGUCUUUAAACUCGAGCAGGAGGAGUACAUGAAGGAGGACAUCCCGUGGACUCUGGUAGACUUCUAUGACAAUCAACCUGUUAUUGACCUGAUCGAAGCAAAAAUGGGAAUUUUGGAGUUGCUGGAUGAAGAAUGCUUGUUGCCUCAUGGAACUGACGAAAACUGGCUUCAAAAGCUGUAUAACAAUUUUAUCAACAAGAACUCUUUAUUCGAGAAGCCUAGAAUGUCAAACUCAUCCUUCAUCAUCCAACAUUUUGCUGACAAGGUGGAGUACCAGUGUGAAGGAUUCCUGGAGAAGAACAGAGACACUGUCUAUGACAUGCUGGUUGAAAUCCUCAGAGCAAGCAAGUUUCAUCUCUGUGCCGCAUUUUUUCAAGAAAGCCCUGUUCCAUCCUCUCCCUUUGGGGCAAUGAUCACAGUCAAGUCUGCAAAGCAGGUCAUCAAGCCGAACACCAAGCACUUCCGGACCACAGUUGGGAACAAGUUCCGCAGUUCUCUGUCCUUGCUCAUGGAAACCCUCAAUGCCACCACACCCCACUACGUCCGGUGCAUCAAGCCAAAUGAUGAGAAAAUGCCCUUUGAGUUUGACUCCAAACGGAUUGUCCAGCAGCUGCGAGCCUGUGGUGUUUUAGAAACAAUUCACAUCAGUGCCCAGAGCUAUCCUUCCAGGUGGACAUACCUCGAGUUCUACAGUCGCUAUGGCAUCCUCAUGACCCAGCAGGAGCUGUCCCUCAGUGAUAAGAAGGAGGUGUGCAAGGUGGUUUUGCACAGGCUCAUCCAGGAUUCUAACCAGUUCCAGUUUGGUAGAACCAAAAUUUUCUUCAGAGCAGGACAAGUGGCUUAUUUAGAGAAACUCCGCUUGGAUAAACUGAGGCAGGAUUGUAUUGUGAUUCAAAAGCAUGUGCGGGGCUGGCUGCAGAGGAGGAAGUUCCUCCGGGAGAGGCAAGCUGCCCUGACAAUCCAGCAGUACUUCCGGGGUCAGCAGACAGUGAGGAAGGCCAUCACUGCCACUGCUUUGAAGGAGGCCUGGGCAGCCAUCAUCCUCCAGAAGCAUUGCCGAGGCUACCUGGUCCGUAACCUGUACCAGCUGAUUCGUGUGGCCACCAUCACCAUCCAGGCAUACACCAGGGGCUUCCUGGCCAGGAGGCAGUACCGGAAGUUGCUACAGGAGCACAAGGCAGUGAUCCUUCAGAAGUAUGCGAGGGCAUGGCUGGCCCGGCGCAGAUUCCAGAACAUCCGCAGGUUCGUGCUCAACAUUCAGCUGACUUACAGGGUCCAGCGAUUGCAGAAGAAGCUGGAGGAUCAGAGCAAAGAGAACCACGGACUGGUGGAGAAGCUGACCAGCCUGGCGGCUCUGCGGGUUGGAGAUCUGGAAAAGGUUCAGAAGCUGGAAGCAGAGCUGGAAAAAGCAGCUACACACCGGCACAGCUAUGAAGAGAAGGGCCGGAAAUACAGGGACACAGUGGAGGAGAGAUUGUCAAAGCUGCAGAAGCAUAAUGCAGAGCUGGAGUUGCAGAGAGAGCAAGCAGAGCAGAAGCUGCAAGAGAAGACCGAGGAGCUGAAAGAAAAAAUGGACAAGCUCACCAGGCAGCUGUUUGAUGAUGUGCAGAAAGAAGAACAGCAAAGACUACUUCUUGAAAAAAGUUUUGAGCUGAAAACACAAGCCUAUGAGAAACAGAUAGCGUCUCUGAGAGAAGAAAUUAAAUCCCUCAGGGAUGAGAGGUCACAGCUGCAUCACCAGCUGGAGGAGGGACGGGUCACCUCUGAGAGCCUGAAGGGGGAGGUGGCCCGUCUAAGCAAGCAGGCAAAGACCAUCUCUGAGUUUGAGAAGGAGAUAGAGCUGCUGCAGGCCCAGAAGAUAGAUGUGGAAAAACUCGUGCAGUCACAGAAACGGGAGAUGAGAGAACGGAUGUCAGAGGUCACCAAGCAGCUUUUGGAGAGCUAUGACAUUGAAGACGUUAGAAGCAGGUUCUCCGUGGAAGACCUGGAACAUUUAAAUGAAGAUGGAGAACUUUGGUUUGCCUACGAAGGACUAAAGAAAGCAACUCGUGUUCUGGAGAGCCAUUUCCAGUCUCAGAAGGAUUGUUACGAAAGAGAGAUUGAAGGUCUGAACUUCAAAGUCGUGCACCUGAGUCAAGAAAUCAACCACCUGCAGAAGCUGUUCAGAGAAGAGACAGACAUCAAUGAAAGUAUCCGGCACGAAGUCGCCAGGCUGACAUCAGAAAACAUGAUGAUCCCAGACUUUAAGCAGCAGAUUUCAGAGCUGGAGAGGCAGAGGCAUGAUCUUGAAUCCCGCCUGAAGGAGCAGGCCGAGAAGAUGGAAGGAAAGCUGGGAGAGCCGUUCAGCCACCUGAACCGAGUCCGAGAAGAGGAGGGAGUGCAGGGCGAGGCCCUGGAAGCACAGAGUCAGGUGUAUCCCGAGGAGGAGAGGCCCAUGGGUAAGAUCCAAGAACCGCAGGAGGCCAUCAGGUUCCCAAAGAAGCAACCAGAAGAAGCCGAGGAGGAAGUCGAGAGUAUUCUCCAACAAGAGGCGUCCCGGCUCUCUUUGGAAAACAGGGAUCUUGAGGAAGAGUUAGACAUGAAGGACAGAAUGAUUAGAAAGCUGCAGGAUCAAGUCAAGACUCUGACCAAGAUGAUUGAAAAAGCCAACAAUGUGCACCUGCCCUCAGGAUCCAAGGAGUACCUUGGAAUGCUGGAAUACAAGAAAGAAGAUGAGGCGAAGCUCAUUCAGAACCUCAUUCUUGACCUGAAGCCCCGAGGUGUGGUGGUGAACAUGAUCCCUGGGCUGCCAGCUCACAUCCUGUUCAUGUGCGUGCGAUAUGCAGACUCCCUGAACGAUGCCAACAUGCUCAAAUCCCUCAUGAACAGUGCUAUUAAUGGCAUCAAGCAUGUGGUUAAGGAACAUUUUGAAGAUUUGGAGAUGCUGUCCUUCUGGCUUUCCAACACUUGUCAUUUUCUCAACUGCCUGAAGCAGUACAGUGGAGAAGAGGAAUUCAUGAAGUAUAACAGCCCACAGCAGAAUCAGAACUGCUUGAACAAUUUUGAUCUUACAGAAUACAGACAGAUUCUGAGUGAUGUGGCUAUACGGAUUUACCAUCAGUUCAUCAUCGUGAUGGAAAACAACCUCCAGCCGAUCAUAGUACCAGGCAUGCUGGAGUAUGAGAGUCUGCAGGGCAUUUCCGGCCUGAAGCCCACUGGUUUCCGGAAGCGCUCAUCCAGCAUCGAUGACACAGAUGCGUAUACCAUGACGUCCAUCCUGCAGCAGCUGAGCUACUUCUACAGCACCAUGUGUCAGAAUGGCCUGGACCCCGAGAUUGUGAGGCAGGCGGUCAAGCAGCUGUUCUACCUGGUCGGGGCGGUGACCCUCAACAGCCUCCUCCUGCGCAAGGACAUGUGCUCCUGCAGGAAAGGCAUGCAGAUCAGGUGCAACAUCAGCUUCUUGGAAGAAUGGCUAAAAGAUAAGAAUUUGCAGAACAGCCUAGCCAAGGAGACUCUGGAGCCCCUCUCUCAGGCAGCCUGGCUGCUUCAGGUUAAGAAGACCACAGACAGUGAUGCCAAGGAGAUCUCCCAAUGUUGCACUUCCCUGUCUGCUGUGCAGAUCAUAAAGAUCCUUAAUUCAUACACACCUAUAGACGACUUCGAGAAAAGAGUCAAUCCCUCCUUCGUUCGCAAAGUACAGGCUCUUCUGAAUAACCGGGGAGACUCAUUACAGCUGAUGCUGGACACCAAGUAUGUUUUUCAAGUCACAUUUCCUUUCACCGCCUCACCGCAUGCCCUGGAGAUGACCCAGAUCCCCAGCAGCUUCAAGCUCGGCUUUCUCCGGAGACUGUAG